GAUGAGCCGAGGCUCACUUCGUCAGGGCACAUGGCUCAAGACGCCGCGUGCGCCUUUUGAAGACAAACAGUACUUGUAGAACCAGUGAGAUGGAGGACGAGAGAAGGAACAGCAGGGCCGAGGGCGCCGAGCCCACUGCGGCUGACGGCAGGAAGGGCAGCCAGUUCGACAACCGCAAGGGCAGCGUCUUCGAGAAGACCAUAGAUCUGGACCAUGUGCUGGUGCACGAGCUGGGCCAGUUCGGUCGCUACCAGAUGGUGAACCUGCUGCUCGUCUCCAUCCCCAUCAUCAUGUCGGCCUUCAUGAGCGAGUACAUCUUCUCCGCGGCCGCUAUACCCCAUAGGUGUCAGAUAACCGAAUGCCAAGAAACAAGCAAAACCGUAGCGGACUUCAACCCGGACUGGCUGUCGGGCGCGAUCCCUCCCGGCAACAACGUGAACGGGUACGACAGCUGCAGCCGGUACCAGCCGGUGGGCGGCAACGGCACGCUGGACUACUGCCCGGCGCAGCUCUUCAACACCAACGUGCAGCAGGACUGCGACGCCUUCGUCUACGCCAGGGAUAACUCCUGCGUCUACGACUUUGACUUGGGUUGCCAAGAUUGGCUUCGUGCUUUAGCCGGUACCUUGAGUAGCGUGGGCACAUUGCUGGUGCUGCCGUUUGCUGGUUAUGUCUCCGAUAAUUUUGGUCGUCGUGUAGCGCUCGUUAUCAGUGUCACCAACUUGGCUCUGUUUGGCGUCAUCCGCGCCUUCUCCGUCAACUAUCCCAUGUACCUGACGCUGCAGCUGCUGCAGACCACGUUUGGAGCCGGAACCUUCAGCUCUUCUUACAUCUUUGCCACCGAGUUUGUUGGCCCGAAGUACCGAGUGCUGACUAGUGCCACAUGCUCUUCUAUGUUCGCGGUUGGUCAGGUGAUUCUCGGAUCAGUAGCCUGGCUCAUCGAACCCUGGAGAUACAUGAUCCUGGCUAUACACAUCCCUUGCUUCCUCAUCAUCACAUACUACUGGGUCUUGUCAGAGAGCGUGAGGUGGCUACUGUCCAAGAAAAAGUAUGACAAAGCAAGAAAAGUGUUGGAGAGAGUCGCGAAGCGAAAUGGAACGCAGAUUAGUGAGAAGUCUAUGCAUGCGCUAAUGAACCCGCCGGAGCCAGUGAAGAUAGUGGACGACGCUGAUGAACCAGGCCUGAUCAAGGCUAUCUUCCGCUCGGGAGUGCUGCUGCGGCGCGUGUGCACCACGCCCAUCUGGUGGAUCACCACGACGUUCGUGUACUACGGGCUGUCCAUCAACGCCACCAGCCUGUCGGACACCAUGCAUCUCAACUACAUCCUGACGUGCGCCAUCGAGAUCCCCGGCUUCUACACCGCCGUGCUCAUCCUCGACAGGAUCGGCAGGAAGGCCACGCUCUCCGGCGGGUAUCUCUUCAGCGCCGCUUGUAACAUCGCCUUUGCAUUCAUUCCUGAUGACCUGGCGACACUGCGGCUCGUGGUGUACCUGCUGGGCAAGUUCGGCAUCUCGGUGGUGUUCACGUCGCUGUACCUGUUCACGUCGGAGCUGUACCCCACGCAGUACCGCCACCAGCUGCUCGCCUUCUCCUCCAUGAUCGGCCGCAUCGGAUCUAUCACUGCACCACUCACACCUGUAUUGAUGGAUUACUGGCCUGGUCUACCAUCCGUGAUGUUCGGUGGUAUGGGCAUCCUAUCUGGAAUCCUGGUGCUGACGCAGCCGGAGACGCUGGGCACCAAGAUGCCCGACACCCUCGCGGAGGCGGAGGCACUCGGCAAGCCGGAGUCCAAGAUCCAGAAGUAAUAAACCCUAUACUCAAUGUACCUAAAUAAUAGAUGUAAGAAAUUAUUACCAAUAUGACAAUUUAGACGCAGUUCUGUAUGUACUAGCAUUAUGAACUGUUUCGACAAUACAAUCGUCUGAAAUCACUGAUACUGAUACCCAGGUUUGUGGGUCAAAGCUUUUUAAUGUUAUUUAUUUAAAGAGUUCACUCGCGAUUUCGUCUGAAUUAUUAUGAUUUAUGUUCAUAUUGCUCUCUUAGGAACGUGCUAGAUACUUAAUGUACUGGUACAAAUAAGUAUACCUUAUAAUUUAUUAUUCUAAAGAAUGUCUUGCCUUGGCCAUCGUCAUUCUUUGUUAAAUUGAUAUUAAACGAUGUAUUAUUUA